AUGAACAGACAGUCGUUGAUGGCAGGCAGGAGACUCUUCUCCAAAGUCAGAGUGGUCAGAAAACCAUCCACGUUGGCCAACGAGUUGGGGUCUUUGUACGAGCAUAACCAACCAAUUUUUGAGCCUCCAUCCCCUGAAAAAAAGGUGUCCGCUUUAGACUAUGCAUUUUCUUUGAAAUCUCCGGUUUCAACUUGGACUAAAGAACAGCUUAGAGAGAUUUACAACACUCCUCUGAUGGAACUUGUUCACCGUGCUCAGAUAUAUCAUCGCAAUUUUCACAAUCCUUCGGAAGUUCAAAUUUGCAACUUGGUGAAUAUCAAGUCGGGAGGUUGUACUGAGGACUGCAAGUACUGUUCCCAAUCGGUGAACAAUGACACCAACUUGAAAGCUGAAAAGCUUAUGACCGUGGAUGAGGUUGUUGAGCAGGCUAAGAUUGCCAAAUCCAACGGCGCAACAAGAGUCUGUUUAGGAGCAGCAUACAGAACUGUUAGCACCAGAAAGAGAGCGUUAGAAAGAAUCACCACAAUGGUGAAGGAAGUCAACAAGCUCGGCCUGGAAAGUUGUGUCACACUCGGAAUGAUUGAAGAAGAACAUGCUAGAAAGCUUAAGGACGCAGGAUUGACCGCAUACAACCACAACAUCGACACCUCAAGAGAACACUAUCCUAACAUCAUUACUACGAGAACUUAUGAUGAUAGACUGAAGACGAUUGACAACGUCCAGAAGGCCGGAAUCAGUGCUUGUACCGGUGGAAUUCUAGGUCUUGGAGAGACAGUGGAAGACCACAUUGGAUUUCUGUACACCCUGUGUACCAUGAAACAGCACCCUGAAUCACUGCCGAUCAACAGAUUGGUUCCAAUUAAAGGAACUCCCAUCGCAGACGAGUUGGCCCGUGACAACUCUAAGAAGCUUAAAUUCGAGUCAAUGUUGAGAACCAUUGCCACUGCCAGAAUGGUGAUGCCAACCAGUAUUAUCAGAUUGGCAGCUGGUAGAUACACUAUGAAAGAGACAGAGCAAUUCUUAUGCUUUAUGGCUGGAUGCAAUGCAAUCUUUAGCGGAAAGAAGAUGUUGACUACUAUGUGCAAUGGGUUUGAUGAGGAUAAAGAACUUUUAGCCAAAUGGGGUAUGAAACCGAUGCAGAGUUUCGCUAGUAAACGUCCUUCGUCAAUCGUGGAAACUUGCCAUAUAUGA